UCAGUUUGAUUUUUAACGAAAUAAGAGCUGUGGCGGUUUCGUUAAGCCGUUUCAGAUUGUUUUUAUUGCAGUUUUGUAUUAUUUUGAUCGCCUUUCGAAAUGCUUUUUGUUUAAAAAGUGUCGCAAAAUAUAAGAAACAAUCAAAUGGUUAAGAUAACUUACCACAAUAGCAAAAUCCUCCCUAAACAUAGCGGGAUAACGGCUGUCAGUCAGAAGACGCAAAUAAAAAAAGAAGAAAAACGUAAACAAAUCCCUUUAGGGUGGGGAGAACCGUCGGUGCGUCGUUUUAGAAAAGCUCUGCUUACUCAUCAGUUAACAGGUGAAAUUUAGAUACUACGGGAGUACAGAAAAGCAGACUAGACGGACGGUAUCAUGAUUGCAACCAGGGUCCGAUUUGGUGGAUUGCAGAAUAUAGUGCAACGCCAGUUUUGUAGCAGCUUGCAACCGAAACGAUAUGGGCUGGCACAAUACCAACAUACGCUAAAUGUCGCCCCAGCAAGCGCACUGAUAAGUGAUACGAAAACAACCCUGCCAGUGUCGUCACGCGGUCAUAGAAUGUUUUCCAGCAUCAACUAUCUGCGGAGUGAUUUGGAGUGUACGGCCGGGACGAUGAAUGAUGUGAAACAAACGAUAAUACAAAAACUUGGCAUUGAGGUCGGGUACACGCCGUUCGUAAGCACGCGCGAACAUCUGGUCAAGUAUGUGCCGCAAUCCGUUAGUGCGCUGCCACCCCGCAGUAUGCAGGAUUCGUUUACAUCGGCGAUAAUUCCGCUGACAACGGAUAAAAUUCUCAAGGACAAGUACGUCGGGUUCAUGGGAAAUGUGCGCGUCGGACGGCUGAUGGAAGAUAUGGAUAUGUUUGCCGUAUGGGUGGUUCAUAAGCAUGUGCUGGUGCCGGAUCUACCAGAAGGUGUUUCGCUGCCGUACACCUUCGUUACCGUGCUGGUAGACAAGAUAGACUUUACCGACCUGGUGCCAACGCACGAUGCCGACAUACGGCUUUCCGGCCACGUUAGCUGGGUGGGACGAACUUCCGUGGAGGUGGUCGUGUGGAUGGAGCAGAAGCUGCACGGCAAAUGGCGCAAGCUUACCCGCGCUCUGUUCCUGAUGGCGGCUCGCGAUGCUACCAACACGAAAGCGGCCUUUAUCAAUCCACUUGUGCCUGCAAACGAGGAGGAGAAAACUAUUUUCGAUGGAGGAGAAUCACGCAAAAAACGACGCAUUCAGAUGCAGCAGGAAGAUUUGCUCAAGACCGAACCGAACGAUUUCGAGCAACGGAUGGUGCACGAACUGUUCGUCAAAUCGAUCGACACCAAGAGCAAAGCGUUCAACAAGCGCAUCCUACCGCCCGGCUACGUCUGGAUGGAGGAUGCCACUAUGGCGAACAUAGUGUUUUCCCAUCCCGAGGAUCGUAACGCACACAACAAGGUGUUCGGUGGCUUUCUGAUGCGAAAUGCGCUCGAGCUGAGCUGGGCACUGGCAUACAACUUUGCCAAACGACGUCCGAAGCUGGAACAUAUAUCGGACAUUAGCUUCCACCAUCCGGUGGACGUUUCUUCGAUGUUGAACAUGCAGGCGCACGUUAUCUUUACCGAUCUGCAUUACAUGGAAAUUGUUGUGCUGGCGGAUGUGUACGACGCCGUCACGGGACAGCAAACGACAACGAACAGUUUCUACUACACCUACUCGGUCGCUGAGCGGUUGCCCAAGAUAAUGCCGAAAACGUACCACGAGGCAAUGUAUUAUUUGGAUGGACGCCGCAAGUUCCGGUACGCUAUGGGUAUCGAUAUGGCAACGGCUUCCGCUGCUGCACCACCGGCAGACACAACGAAAAGUAAACUGUAAGCGUAAUGGUUUUUGUUUGUCAAGAAGCGGUGAAUUUACAGGGAGAGAUUGAAGUACUUUUUUUACUAAUAUUUAUUUGGCACACUUUACGCUUUAAAAGCACUUACAACGUCAGACGUUCAAUGAGCAGCUCCCAGUGCUAAAAGCUACAGUUAAUACACGCAAAUGUGUCUUUGUUUUAUUUAUCAUUACGGCGAUUAUUAAAGAACGUUGUUGAACUCUAAAA